CGAAGCUCAGGGGUUUUGUGUAUAAAUACCGUUACUAUUUCUAUCGAUUUCCCCUUUUGUCCUAUUUUUUAGCUUCACUCCCGCUUACUUUGCCCGCGUUUAAAUUUCUAGGUUUUAUUCUUCUAUAUGCAAAUUUUUUUGCAGGGUUUUCCAGUUCAAUUGUUCUAUUUUGGGAUCAAAAGUUGCAGAUUUGAAGUGUUUACGGGGAAUUUGAAGAAAUACUGAGUCUGUAAGACUCGUUUCUAAGGUAUCCUGAGAAAUAAGUGGAAUUUGGGGAUUUAUAGCCCCAGAUCUGGUGUAGAUUGAAGAGUUAUGAAGAGAAUGGUGAUAUAAUUUGUAUGAGACUGAAGAAAAUUGCAUUUCUAGAUCCAGAUUUGAAGAAAUUUGGAGAAGUGUGAAGAAAAUUUGGUUUGUCAACCUAGUUUUCAAGAACUUCUUAGAAAUGAUGGUGUUCUAUGUUUGUGAUAUCAAAAUAUUUUGAGUUAUCAUCUGGUAAAUCAAAGGAAUUUUAAGAGAUAUCGAAUUUCUAUAUCUGGACUCCAAGUAAUUAAAAUGCACACAAGAAUUUUUGAUUUCCUUAUCCUAUAUCGAAAGUAAUGAAAAGUGAUAUUGGGAACAUUGUUGCUCUUCAAUAUUGGAAGGUGUUUUUUGAAGAAAACGGAACAAAUUUUGAAAUUUUCAGCUGUUAAUUGAUAGAAGCUCAGAUAAUUUUACAGGCUAUCUGGAGGCUUGAUACAUUAGGGCAAACUCAUGCAUUGACGCUGUUAAACAUUGCAGUCUCAUUUGAUUUCGACAAGGUUCGAAGAAGAUUGUGAUUGGCUCGAAUUUACUGGUGACUUCUUCUUCUAUUGCAGUCAUUGAAGUCUCUCCUCCAUGACACCAUCUAGUUCAUGAGAUUGACUGCAUUUUUGUUGGAGAAGAUAGGGUCUUUAUUUGCGGGUUGCUGGUUAUUAUGAGAAAUGAAUAAUUCGAUAUUUCAUAACAAAAUACAUAUGCAUAUUGUAAAACGGAUAAAUGUGUUAGAAGUUAGAACCUUGAUAUCAUCGAAGUUAAGAGUCUAAGUGGGCCAGGCAAAUCACGAAGUAUAGUGUUUAUCGAGCUUAAUUUUUUGAUUUGUUGAAUAAAUCAGUAGUGUUUGGACUUGUGGGGUUCUUGUACAACUAAUGGAGGAGGAGAAAAAGAAGAAGAAAAACAAGAAGAAGAAGAGUAAACAAAACAAGAAUGCAGAAGCCACAGUCGUUAAUGGUGGAGAAACAUCUAAUUUGGAUAAGAACGAACUAGUUAACUUUGAUUCAAAUCAUAAGGCAAUUGAUUUGGUUGCAGCAAAGAAUAAUGAUGCAGGAUCUUCAGAACCGGAGGUUAAGCAGGAUGUAUACGAGGCCCAUAAAAUGGCAAGCAUACUUUUCAUGGAGAAAUUAGAGGAAGAAGUCAGACAGUUGGAGGAGGAAAAACAAUCUUGGAUUUUGAGGGAGGCUCGCUUGGAUGAAGAAAUAAAAAGUCUCAAGUCUGAGAAGCAUUUGUGGCUUUUGAAAGAGACUGAGAGAGAGGAAGCAAGCAUCAAGCUUAAGAAUGAGUUGUUGGUGCUUCGUCAAAAAGAGACUUCAGCCGGAGAAGAAGUUGCAAGAUUGAGUGAAGUAAAUGCAGAUUUGGAGAUUCAGAUAAAGAAGCUGGAAGAAUCCAGGGGUGAGCUUUUAGAAGAACGUCAGCAAUUGAUGGUCAAUAUUAAUCAUUUAGAAUCUCGAAUACACCAGCCUGAAAUAGAGAUUGCUGUCUCUGCUCCUGUGGAGCAUGGUAUUGGCAGUUUUCAUUCUUCAUCAGAGGUUAAAAAGCAAGAGUCUGUUCAUCACAUGGAACCAGCUUCUGAUGAGAUCAUUAUUCAGAGAGAUGCAACUGCAGAGUUAGUGAACAAGCUGAUUGCUCAGAAUUCAGAGCUGGUCGAAAAGGUGAAUGAACUUAAAAUCCAAUUGGAUCAUCUGAAAAAUGAUGCCGGAAAAUCCCCAUCACAUGAAUUCCAGUCCAAACCCAAUGUGCCAUCAGCUCGCAGCAUUGAGAGCAAUGUUCGUAUCGUCUCAACCACUCCAAUGCAUAAAGAAAUCGACCCUAAUUCAGUGUAUAUCGAUGAACAGAGAGGAGAGAAUGUGCUGUCAUAUGGCCCUGUUUUAGUGCUUGAUCCUGCAGCUGGGACUGCUAGAGAUCAAACUCAAUGCCAUGAUCCUUUGGUCGAGAUUAACAUGAGUGGAUUGCAAGGCCACAAUCCAGUGGCUGAGAUCAGUGAGGAUGGUGUUCGGGGCCAAUAUCCGGCAGCUGAGAUUAAAGAGGAUGGAGUUGGAGGCCGUGAUCCAUUGGCUGAGAUUGGCUUGAGUGAGGUGCAUGGGUCUUAUCCAAUGGCUGAGAUCAACCUGGACGGUGAUCAUGAUUCCGGCUCCACAGCCGAGAUCAGGAGUGAGUUGCAUGUGUCUCAUCCGUCAGCCGAGAUGAGCACCAUAGAGAUUGCUGCAGCUAAUCCAACGGUUGAGAUCAAGAGCAAUGAUGGAGGGAUCCCUCUCAGUGAUGCACCACUUAUAGGGGCUCCUUUCCGCAUGUUGUCUUUCUUUGCCAAAUAUGUGACUGGGGCAGAUUUGGUAAAGCCAAAAAAUUUGGUCCAAUAUUGAGUUUUCUUUCCCAAGUGACCCAAAUAGUUGAGAAAAGACUAUGAUGAUGAUGAUUGAGUUUUAUUUUCUUCCCCCUCCUUUUUUUUAAAUUUUUUUUGUUGUUUUGAAUAGAGAGAUCACUGGUAAAACCAGACCUCACAUUUUUGUUGUUUAUUUAUAAUACAAAUUUACAAAUAUCAAUUACAGAUCUAUUUGAUCUUUUUUCAUGGGUA